GCAGCACAAACGUCACCGUGUUUACCCGGAAACGACAGCCUGCGUUGAACUGUUCUUUAGUUGAAGGAUUUCUCUGGGUUUUUUACUGAAUAAAAUGAGGAAUUAGUUAAGUUUGAGUGUAAACCAGUGAGUCAACAUGUAUAGCGGACUACUGCCUAAAGAUUUAACGGAAGACGACCUCAGUCCAGACGAGGAAGGGAAGGAUGCACCAGAAGAUGUUGUCGAGGAGAAUCUUUCUGCUGGAAAUUUCAGACAAGUCGCUGAGAACAGAGACUCUGUGGAUGAUGGUGAAUCCCCUCAGACUGGGAAUGAUUCCCAGACUUGCAGUAUGUCUGGAAUAUCCAGGGAAAUGUGGCAAAAAUUUCAGGAGCUCCGUAAGAAGAAAGAUGAAAUUAAGACAAUAAAGAUCCACGAAAAACGAAAAAGAAGACGCAAAAAAGGAAGAAAAAUCGAGGAACCUGCAGAGGACAGGGAGCGACAGGAUGACCGGGAGAAGCACUGGAAGGAGCUGAAGCAGUACUUUGGUGUGAACGAUCGAUUUCAACCCCCUGCGUGCUCUAAGCCGGCUCCGAAGUCCGGCCUAGAAAAGAGCAUAGAGGAGGCCAUCGCUGAAGGGGACGUUGCAAAGGCGGAGGAGAUGAGCGACAGACUCGCCACUCGAGAGAUGGCUGUGCAGAUCGCCCAGGCUGCUGAUUGCCGUGACUUUGUGCAGAGCAAACAGGAAGAGGAAGCUUUGAGGGCAGCAAAGAAGAGGAAGAAGCAGCUAGCCUGGGGGUUUGAGGCGAAGCAACGUUGGGAAACCAAAAGCAAUAUGGGCUUCAUGUGAUGAAAAUGGAGGAAAAGGAGCAAAGCUUUUUUUCUCUUAAGUUAAUUUAAAAAAAGGUGUGUUUUUUUUUAGCAGACUGAUCGUGUUUCUUUUUAUUCUUCUUGUAUGUUUUGAAGGCAUUACAGCAGCUGAAUGUGAGGGGGAAAUGUCAGGCAGUCGGCUGAGAGAAAACCAAUCCAGAGUGUAGCAGAGAGGAAAAAAAUGAAGAAGCCUUCAAAUUAAUUCCUAAGGCGCCCACUGGUGUCUGCAUUGUGUUAUUUUUCAUUACAUUUUAGUGAUUUCAGCGCUUUGGCCCUUUUUUUUCCUCCCCUUCAAAUUAAAUCUGGUGUACAUUACUGGAUGAUGCGUUUAUUUAUUGCUGUAAAGUGGGUUAAUCAUGAAGGCGCUUCUUUCUUCUGCGCAGGAAGAGAAAGGGAAGAUUAGAGUGCUAAUGCAAUGUACAGGAUAAUGUGCGAUCGGAUUUGGGAGCAGAAAAUGAAAUUUGGAUGCUGUAAACUGUUUUGAGCAGUCGUAAACUGCAAGUUUGAAACAGAGACUUUGCUGCUGGCCCUCACCCAUGUUGGAAGUCGUGCUUUUGUCUCUCAGCCCGAACAAGAGGCACGCGUUGUUGUCUUUUCUGAAGCCUACACUUGCUGCUCAUUGUGCACUGAGCUCCCUUCAGCAUCUUUACACUCGUCUAAAAUCCACCGAUUCCAGCUGCUGCUUUGAUCUUCUUGGAUCUGCAGCGUUUGCUUCCACAGAAGCUCGGCUUCUCUGAAAGCCUCAUUCAGACUCCAGGAAGUCUUAAUUUCAAACGGCACGGAGAAAAAAUGCAAGAGAGAUAAUUACUUUAUUUGUAAUGAUGGCUUUUUUUCCCCAAAAUAUAGAAGAUGAUUGCUUUGCUUCAAGGUAAUGAGAAUGAAAUGAAAUUUAACUAAGUUGUUUGCAGUGCACAUAUUGAAGCUGUUUGUCCCCUGGUGAGGUGUGGUAGUCUCAGUCAUUUAGUGUGCAACCUGAAAAAAAAUGAAUGACAUCAGCAGGAAAAGUUAGGGGACAAUGAUGGUACAAACCACCUGAGCUGCAGAAACCUGGACCAGAUCUAGAACCAAGCUGCUUUGUGUGUAGUUUGCAUCACAUUUGUGUCUCAGGGACGCUCUCAGUUGUUGAGAAUUGGUGCUAAUUAAACUGUUAAUUAUCUCAGUAAUGAGAGGCAAGUUUAAACUGUGUUAGGCUCAUCAAAGUACAGCGUGGGAUUUCCCCACUUUGAUGAGGGCUGUGAAAAAUAUAUAUCUUAACUCAUGAGUGAGGAAACAUCAGAGAUGCUUCAUUAAAGGAACAAAAUGAGGGAUAAAAAAGGACUUAUAGCGCUAAUGUGUCAGAAUAAGUUAUAUUUCCAUAAACAUGUUUAAACAUUUUAGGGUCUUUUUGACCCCAAGGCCCUUUGCUAACUUGUACCCAUUGCAUCAUUUUCUCUAAGUAUUUUUGUAAUUUAUGGAGAUAAAUGGUCAUAAAAAUAAUUUAAUCUCACAUGUAAUUAAACUAAAUUAAAUUGUUUAUUAUGAUCUAAAA